AUGUGUCCAGGUGUUACCGUGCUUCUAGAAGCUCCAGACCCGGACACUGUCAAGGCAGACGCAGUUGGUGCUGAGAAAUUUACCAAAGAAGUUGUUCCAGCUACAGCCGUUAAAUCGGAAGACCCAACUUCUUGCGGGGAAUCUUGGACUGUUAGCACAGAUCCAAACAUAAGACGUUACGAUUUCUGCGUUGGAACUUCCAUGGAUAAAAUAGAUGAUAUAAUACCAUGUGUUUGGGUUGGAUAUAACAUGUCUGGAGUUGUUGAAAUUAAAAACGGGUUCCUUUUAAUCGACGGCAUCAAAUAUCACAAAAUAUCUGAGCUCCGUGCUUUGAGCGAGGGCGUUUAUGAUUACAGUACAGUCAAUGACGACGAUAAUACUUUCCUAAUGGAGAGUGGCAGAACCUUGUUCUUAUUCAUGAGAUUGUGCAACAAAGCUGAGAUUUGCAUCAACAAGUUUGUAAACUCUUUACUGAUUACUGAUGAUAAUUCUGAACUUCUAAGUAGUGAUUCUGGAAAGGGCGAACGAUUUCAGUUGAAGACGUCUCAAGAUGGUAGAGUAAAACGUAGCGCCGCUCUAGGAUUAAGUUUAGAAAUGCCAGAAGGAAUGGAAAAGGGGCAGAGUAUUUUAUACAAUGAGCUAUCAGAGGAAAACAUGACGAUGCGCUAUGACUCGGCUGCCUCAACAAUAUUUAAAUCAUACAUUGUUAACCCAGAUGAUACGUCCAACCAAACGGAAAGACUUCUUUAUAGAAGAAUACAUGCAAUAGAUAUGUCGUUUACUCUAAGUCCUGUUGGUCAAAAGUCACUACCUGGACCUCUAAAACUUUUAUAUCCUCAUGAUAACUCGACUGACGAUGAAACAAUUACUUUGGUUAUUCAUUGGAAUCCAGACGUACAGCAAUGGCAAAUUACUAACAACACAUGCAUGUUCGAUAAUGAAACAAUCGCCAACAACAUUGAAGACUUAUCAUCUAUUCUGAUUUGUGACACCCGUCUGUCUUCUGACAAUAUGACAGGAAAUCAAACAUAUUUUUCUAAAGAGACCCAGUUUGCACUAGCCGCAGUUUCAUCUAAGAUAUUCAACAAUCCACCAACAUUUAUACAUACUACAAUCACAAUUGAUGAAGAUUCAGAAACCACACAGUUCCAACUCAUAGCAAAUGAUGCUGAAAAAGACCCUUUUAUAUACAGCCUUGUAGCCGAGAACAAUGCCUAUUCAUUUGGAAACAUUUCGUUGAUCUCUGAUGGACUAUUAACUGUCUCACUGUGUCUAAAUUGUUUUGGGACAUCUACGGUAAAUUUUACACUUGAAGACCAGCCGUUAUGGGAGGAUAUAAUGCCUUCUAGCGCAAACUAUUCAAUAGACAUUAAUGUUCUGCCUGUAAAUGACCCACCUGUUAUCAGUGCAUUUUCUGAAGAUGGGACUUUUAUUUUACAUGACGACCCCACUGAACCUAUUAUGAUAUACAGAGAACAAGUUGGUGAAAUUAUAUCUAAAGUGGCGGCGAUAAUAAUCGCUUAUGACGUUGAUGGACCACAGAAUUUGCAAAUGAAACAAUAUACAAACAAUGAUUCCGACUCUUACAAUACCAAAGAUGUAUCCUUGAUGGAAAUGCAAACCUACAUGGCGUGCUCACAUGGGAAGUGUAGCUUUGAUACUUUGCCAAAUCCUUCAAGUGCAGCAUGGAAAGGCGUCUCUGUCAUAUAUACACAAGACAACACAUCAUUUGUUGGUAUAGAAACCAUAAAACUUGUUGCACAGGAUGAGAAUGGAACAUUCUCUGACGUCGUGAAUGUCCAGCUUGUAAUUAUGGAAAAUAAAUGUCAACAUGGAAAAUGCUUGAGUUUAAACCCGCGUCAGUACACUUGUAAUGACACAAGGAGAGCUAAUAACUUCGACAAAUACUACACGUGUGAAUGUCCAACCUCUUGGGAAGGACCUUAUUGUGAACAAGACGUUGACGAGUGCGCACGAGGUUUCUGCGAAGCUUGGAAAGUUUGUGAUAAUAAAAUUGGAAGUUACGACUGCUACUGUAAGGCAACGGACAUAAUCUGUAAACUGUCUCUGGAGGUUUGGGAAUUUGCUGUUAUUGUAAUUGCAAUUGGUGUUGUACUCCUGUUUGUAGCUGGCCUCUUAAUAUAUAGGAAAAUGAAGUUAAAGAAAGAAGCUGUAGAUAACAAAAAGAUUUCAGAGCCAAAUAUAUUUGCGGAACACAUCUCUGGAAAAGAAGGGGUAAUGAUAUUUUGA